GUCUCCACUCCACCAACCAAUUUCUGGGUUCUUUACUUUAUUUGUUGUUGUAGAAACGAAACUAAACUGGAAGAAACGGAUGGGAAACUGUUUUCGUCUCUCAUCGCUUCUUCUAUAAUUCGGAACCCUAACGAACGGAAUCUUAUACCUUUCUGACUCUGUGUGUGUGUGUGUGGAAAGGUGCGACGUGUCGAAAUUUCAGGGUUUCAGUCUGCUAAGAAGAAGGAGAAGCAGAAACAAACAGCUCCAUAUUCGAAUCUAUCUCUGUGAAAAGAUCCAGAAGGAUAAAAUCAUCUUGCACAGUGCAGAAUGGAUCAACAAGCUCAUGGACAGCCCCCAGUAAUGGGGGUGGUUGGUGGUAGUGCUCAAGUGCCAUAUGGCACAACUCCAUAUCAAGCUAACCAAAUGAUUGCAGCCAAUCCUCCAGGAUCAGUUGGAUCUAUUCAACCUACUGGUCAACCAACAGGUUUCACUGGUUCCCCAGCUCAGCUUGCACCACACCAACUUGCUUAUCAGCACCUCCACCAGCAGCAGCAACAACUGCAGCAGCAACUCCAGGUUUUUUGGUCAAACCAAUACCAAGAAAUUGAGCAGAUCACUGACUUCAAGAACCACAGCCUUCCAUUGGCAAGGAUCAAGAAAAUCAUGAAGGCUGACGAGGAUGUAAGAAUGAUAUCAGCAGAGGCUCCUGUCGUAUUUGCCAGGGCUUGUGAGAUGUUCAUCUUGGAGUUGGCACUGCGUUCAUGGAACCACACUGAGGAGAACAAGCGUAGAACACUCCAGAAGAAUGACAUUGCUGCAGCAAUCAAAAGGACUGAUAUCUUUGACUUCCUGGUUGACAUUGUCCCCAAGGAAGAUUUGAAAGAUGAGGUACUUGCCUCAAUGCCCAGAGGAGGAGCACUGCCUGUUGGAGGUCCUGCUGACCCUCUUCCUUAUUAUUACAUGCCUCAACAUUCACCACAGGUUGGAACUCCUGGGAUGAUCAUGGGUAAACCUGUGGUGGAUCAAGCUUUGUAUGGACAGCAGCCUCGCCCUUACAUGGCUCAACAAAUAUGGCCACAACCACCACAACAACAGCAGCAGCAACCACCCUCAGAUUCUUAAGCUGGAGAAGAAUGGUCAUAGCAGACAUUUGGAGAGGAAAGUGGAACUUGCCUUUCGAAGUAAAUAUGCUUUUUGAUACAUCAACUUUUUUGUUGCAUAUGAAGAGAGGGAAACUUAUGUGGAAAUGUAUAAGAGCAGCUAUAGUAUAGACUAUUCGGGAGGAAAGGAAUGUCGAGAUAUUCCAAGAAAAGGAAAGAAGCCCCAAUCCUUUGGCUGAAAACUUCAGAAUUAUUUGUGGAUUAUUCCUGUGAUGAUCUUCCGAGGAGUUGGGUAGUAGUGGCAUCCAAGCCUCCAAGAAAACUAGAAUACAAGCAAGGUGGAUACCCCCCCUGGAGGGGGUUGUAAAGCUGAACUUUGAUGGGAGUAGUCAAGGAAACCUAGGACCUUCGGAUAUAGGAGGGAUCUUGAGGGAUAAGGACAACAUUCUUUCCUUAUUUUCAAGUCUAGUGGGAGUAGGAGACUCAACAAGGACUGAAAUAUUAGCAGCUGUGCAAGGCUUAUAGAUCACCAACGAACUUGGAGUGGAGAAUUUGUUAGCUGAGGGAGAUUCUUGGGGCUACAAGGAUCUUAAAAAAGUAAAAUGGCUUACAAGGAAUAUGCCAGUCAGUUUUCAGUGGGUUAGCAGAUCAGCAAAUGGCUUGUAAGAUUCUUUGGCUAAAUAAGGUCUUUCUCGGGUUUCUUUGUAUUGGGCUACUUUAUAGAUUGUAUUCCGAUAAGAGUUGGGUUUGUGCUCAUCCCAAAUGGGAGGUAUCAUCUCGUGCCUCCUCCUAGGGGGUGAUUGUACUCUCCCUUCCUCUCUUUAAUAAAUUUUUUUACUCAUUCAUCAAAAGAAUAUACUGCUUCUACAUACAACAAUCACAUCAUUAGGAACUGUAUGUGAUUCAUUUUUAGCAUCCCUUUGAUUCAUAGGAUUAAUUGGUUUUCAAUCCGAAACAAGUGGUGUGAAAUGGUGCCACUAUGAUUUUAUCAGAUGGCUAGAAUUAUUGUGCUAAGGAGUUUUUAAUUUUCUUGAUCAUGUUAGAGCAAUGGAUAUGUAUUUUUUAACUACUAGUAUUAGCAUAAUCAAUCUCUAUUUCUCAUAA